ACAGCAACUCGGUGCAGACCUAGCAGACACCAUGAGGACCCUCUCUCUGCUCACUCUGCUGGCCCUGACUGCAUUCUGCCUCUCUGACCUGGCAGGUGCAAAGCCCAGCGACUCUGAGUCUGACAAAGCCUUCAUGUCCAAGCAGGAGGGCAGUAAGGUAGUGAAUAGACUCCGGCGCUACCUCAACAGUGGGCUUGGAGCCCCAGCCCCCUACCCAGAUCCCCUGGAGCCUCACAGGGAGGUGUGUGAGCUCAACCCCAAUUGUGACGAGCUAGCGGACCACAUUGGCUUCCAGGACGCCUACAAGCGCAUCUAUGGCACCACCGUUUAGGGCAUGUGUUGCCCUGGAGCCCAACGGCAGCCUCAGCUUUGGCUACUCUCCAGGACUCGACCCUCCCUGUUCCCUCUCUCUGC